CAGAGCACACCAGCCUUAAACACACUUCUCUUGUUCUAGGGAAUAAUGACAGUAAUCUUAGCUCUCCAGUCUCUGCUUACUCUAACCCUAAUUGUGCAGUAGGUACUUUUCUGUGGUUUGAAGGAUUUAAAGGAACUAGUGACAAUCAAGUGUUCUAUUUAAAGAACACAUACAGUUCUGGAGGGGUAGUUUGAUACAAAUAGUAGUGUCUCUUUUCUAAAAUCUUGGAAAAUUAUGUAGUUUCCUUUUUUUUUUUUUUUUAUUUUAUUUUAAGGAUCUAUGUGAGAAUGACCAUGUUCUUGUGUCUCUUAUACUUCAUAUCUGGAUCUCAAAGUAGCUGUAGUUUGGGGGAGACCAGUGAAUGUCCUGCUCCGUUAUGAGAAGCGUUUGCCAACAUAAAGCAAUCUGGAAGAAGAUUUCUCUUAAGAAAAUCAAAGAGCAUAGAAUCCUUUAACAAAGCAGAAGACACUGAGAAUUUCAUAAGCUUUUGGCUAUCCGAGUCUUAAAAGAAAUGAACCGUUACACAAUUAUGAAACAACUAGGUGAUGGCACCUAUGGCAGUGUAUUGAUGGGGAAGAGCAACGAGUCAGGAGAACUUGUGGCUAUCAAAAGAAUGAAAAGAAAGUUCUAUUCAUGGGAUGAAUGUAUGAAUUUGAGAGAAGUCAAGUCUCUGAAGAAGCUAAACCAUGCCAAUGUAAUAAAAUUGAAAGAAGUCAUACGAGAAAAUGACCACCUUUACUUUGUAUUUGAAUAUAUGAAGGAAAAUCUCUAUCAGUUAAUGAAGGAUAGAAACAAGUUGUUCCCCGAGUCAGUCAUCAGAAACAUGAUGUAUCAGAUAUUACAAGGGCUGGCUUUUAUCCACAAACAUGGAUUUUUUCAUAGAGAUAUGAAGCCUGAAAACCUUCUCUGUAUUGGACCAGAACUUGUGAAAAUAGCAGAUUUUGGUUUGGCUAGAGAACUAAGAUCUCAGCCACCUUACACAGAUUAUGUUUCUACCAGGUGGUACCGUGCUCCUGAAGUUUUGCUGAGAUCAUCUAUCUAUAGCUCACCUAUUGAUAUGUGGGCAGUUGGCAGCAUAAUGGCUGAAUUAUACACACUAAGACCUCUUUUCCCAGGCACAAGUGAAGUAGAUGAAAUCUUCAAAAUUUGCCAAGUACUGGGGACUCCAAAGAAGAGUGACUGGCCAGAAGGAUACCACCUUGCUUCUGCCAUGAAUUUCCGUUUCCCACAAUGUGUCCCUAUAAGCCUAAAAACUCUCAUCCCAAAUGCAAGCAAUGAAGCAAUACAGCUUAUGAGUGACAUGCUAAACUGGAAUCCAAAGAAGAGACCUACAGCAAGUCAGGCUUUGAAGUAUCCUUACUUUCAAGUUGGCCAAAUUUUAGGACCUCCUCCACAGUAUCUGGAGAAGCAGACUCCUAUUAAACCGGUUCAGCCAACAGAGCCAAAGCCAGCUUUUCCUAAACUGGAAGCUAUAUCCAAGCCAGAACCUCUGUCUUCACCUGAUUUACCUGACAAAACAGAGCCACAGCCCCUGCCAAAGGUUAACCACCAGCCUCUCCAGCAAAUUCAGUUGCCUCAGAAUACAGCAAACCAGCAAGUACCAAAGCAGCAGCAGCCACAAGCACAACCAUUUUUUCCAAUUAUCAAUAAAAAUUCAUCGCCUAAACAAGCAGCUAGUGGCCCUCUGAAUGUUGCACUAGGUCCUAAAAGCUGCAGAAGACGAUGGGGCCAGACUUUGGUAAAGGCUAUGGAUAGCUGGGAUGACUUGGAUGACCCUGAAUUUGGAAUGUCAUGUUCAAAGAAGCCUAGCAUUGCAUUGUUAAAAGAAAAGAAAAACAAGGAAUUUAUUUUUAGUGUGCCAGAACCAAAGCCUUCAUGCUGUAUCCAGCCAGGAGCGGAAAAUAAGGUUCUGAUGAGAAAUGAUUCUGGAAGAUCAAAUACAUCAGCAAAACAGUACUAUCUAAGACAAUCAAGAUAUCUACCUGGUGUAAACCCAAAGAGUGUCUCUUUAGCAGCAGUCAAUAGAGAAGGAUCACAAGGAACCUGGAACAACCAGUUGUUUUCUAAAUCGCUGGCACAUACUGGAGGAGGAUUGACUUUCAGCAGAAAUACUACAGAUGAGAACUUAAUUAUACCUAUUGAAAAGCUAUCAUGCAAAGAAAGGUUUAAUGAAAAAUUAGAAGAUCCAAAAGAAUCAGGUGUGUGUUGUUUGAGAUGGGGGUAUGGCCUUGGCCACCCUUGUGGACAUCAUGGCAAUGAGUGCUUGCCUAUAGACCAGCUGCCAGACCUCCUGGAUGCCUGAUGGAUGAUUACUUCUCUAGCAAGAACCCCUUCCUUUGUAUGGCAGUAGUCAGAGGUAAGGCACUGUGCUUUUAAAUAGGAUGUUUUUAAAUUUGUAGUUAUUCUGUUAUUUUAUAUUGAACUUUUUUUCCUGCUUCCCUUGUUCUCAUCCAACAAAAGAUCACCCCUGCAGACUGUUCAUCCUGGCUGCACUUUUUCACUUCCUGCAGAAGAAUUCAUAAAGGACAUUGGACACUGAGAGGUAAGGAGAACCAAAAAGAUGGUUGAACAAUUUUUGACAGCUAUGCAGCUUUGCCGAGCUGUAGCAAAGAAGCAGAUAGAAGUAGUCUUUUCGAGGUUGUAUUAAUUGAGGCCUGUCAUGUUCUUAUUUUCAGACCUCAGAAUUUUAAGGAAUGCUAUUGAGUUCUCAGAUCUGAACUACUCCCAAUAGCUAGGAACUGGGGAAUAAGAGAAUGUGUGUGUAUAUAUCCACAAGCAGGUGAAUGAACCACUAAAACUGUGUUGUUUUGGUUUUCAGGCAAAUUCCUGAAAAGGAAGAACAACUUCGACUCUACAAGAAAGUUAAAUUUUAUUGGAAUACUUCAUUAAAGUUUUAUUUUUCACCAACUGUACUGAUGUGUCAUUCUUUACUGUGGAAACUGGUAUCAAGUGGACAGAGGAAAGCUACAUGGAGACCCAACUAUUUGCAGAGCUGUGAAGUGACAGUUUGAGGAGACUGGCAAAACUGAGUUAUCUGAAUGCUUUUUGUUAGUGCUCCUGAACAGGGAGGUUUGCAACAACCCAAUGCAGCUGUAAUUAGCUGAGGAUACCUAUUUUGGGUUGUAGAUGACCACUUUUGCAGCUUAUAGAUCCACUGCUCUGAGCUCUGACAUCAUCAGAGAGGACUGAGAGUGUUUGUGUGAAGAGGAACAUUAUGGGAUUGCACAAAGGCUAGGAAUUUAGGAGACAAAAACUGUCAAAACAGAUACUGCAUGUUUAGUGCAACUACCACUGAAACUAUGAUGAAUAUGCUCACAUUUAAUAAAGGUUAAAACAAACUACUGUGUAUGGCCUUGUAUUUCACAAUAUAAUACUACUGAACACAGAAACAUACCACUAGAGAAAAGCAUUUCUCUCUGGACAUUGUGCCAGCACAGUCUUUACACUGUCCCAAGUGAUGACAGAUAUGAGGAAGGUAAGAAAUUUUCUUGGAGCAGGGAAUCUAAGUAUUGUAACAGAUCCUUCUGCCACUGAACAUUAAUUUCAGUACUAAUUUUGUGUGUACAUGCACAAUGCUUCUCAGCUUCCAAAUGAGGAUGGUUAUGUCAACCUUCCCAUGAGAGUACUGCUUUAAAGAAAGAUCUGAACCAAAACUAGGCAUAAUAUUAUAACCAGGGUUAAAGAAAGAGGGUAGUUGGGUCUGACCUUUAUAGUAGGCCUUUUAGCUGUGGGACUGGCAGUCAACUUCAAGUGGUGCACCACUUCCCAAAAGAGAAG